UGAUGGUGGCAAGUGGCCGAUGGCAUCAAUUUAUUGAUUUCUCGCGAAUGUACUCGACACACAUGUAUUUGACAGUUGUUGACUCGAGUUUUGCGGAGGUAUUUCGGAUUAUGGCGAUUCAGUUGAAUUCUGCAACGGUUUGAACCACGAAAUUAAUGGUCGUUCACUCGUAAAAAUUUGAUUGAACGGGAGAGACAUGCUAGCGCAGAAGAACGUAUAGGUUAAAAGUGCUUCAUCUUGCUAACGAGAUAUCAUUCCGUACCGUCCUGUGAACAUACGAAUAUGGAUAACGUUGUGGCUGCAGAGUGUCUGGCGAUGGAUUUCGGACCAUUUGAGACGGUGCAUCGAUGGCAACGUAUGCCAGAAUGUGACGAAUUCGUCGGUGCUAGACGCAGCAAACACACUAUUGUGGCAUAUAAGGAUGCGAUUUAUGUCUUUGGUGGUGACAAUGGUAAAAAGAUGUUGAAUGAUUUGUUGCGCUUUGAUGUGAAGGAAAAAUCCUGGGGACGAGCAUUUGCAACUGGAGUUCCACCAGCACCACGUUAUCACCAUUCUGCAGUUGUUCAUGGCUCGUCGAUGUUUGUCUUUGGUGGUUAUACUGGGGACAUACAUUCCAAUUCCAAUCUCAGUAACAAAAAUGAUCUGUUCGAGUAUAAUUUUCAAACUGGUCAAUGGGUAGAAUGGAAGUUUUCAGGAAUGACACCAGUGGCUAGGUCGGCUCAUGGUGCUGCUGUAUAUGAGAAUAAGUUAUGGAUUUUUGCAGGCUAUGAUGGCAAUGCAAGAUUAAAUGAUAUGUGGACAAUAUCACUGUUGCCUGGCGAGCCAAGAGUGUGGGAGAAAGUUGUUCAGUCCGGCGAGUGUCCACCGACAUGUUGCAAUUUCCCCGUCGCGGUAGCCCGAGAAUCUAUGUUUGUUUUUAGCGGCCAGAGUGGUGCAAAGAUAACUAAUAGCCUUUUUCAAUUUCACUUUAGAGAGAGGCGAUGGACACGUAUAUCGACGGAGCAUAUAUUACGUGGCGCGCCGCCACCCCCGGCACGACGAUAUGGUCAUACAAUGGUCAGCUUCGACCGACAUCUUUAUGUUUUCGGCGGCGCGGCCGAAACGUCUCUAUCUAAUGAUCUUCACUGCUACGAUUUAGACACGCAAAUGUGGAACGUCGUUUUACCAUCCGCUGACAGCCAGGUGCCGUCCGGUCGACUUUUCCACGCCGCAGCUGUGAUCGGAGAAGCGAUGUUCAUCUUUGGCGGAACCGUGGACAAUAAUGUACGAUCCGCUGAGACAUAUCGCUUCCAUUUCUCAUCAUAUCCCAAGUGCACUUUACACGACGAUUUCGGUAGACUCUUGAACAAUCGCCUCUUCUGCGACGUGGAGUUUAUAGUGAGCGAGUUAGAGAUCAAAAUACCAGCGCACAUUGCCAUGGUAGCUGCACGCUCACAAUUUCUCCGGACUCUUAUUCGAGAGGCACGUGAAAAACGAGCAAUGCAUUUGGAAGAGGUGUUUGGUACCGCUGAUGUACCCAUUAAAGAUUUGCCAUUGCUAGAGGUAAAACUAAAAGAUGCUGUACCGGAAGCUUUCGAGAUGGUACUGAACUACAUCUACACCGAUCGCAUCGAUCCUACCAAAAGAACGGAUGAAACGUUUAGCGGUAAGGUUGAAGAUCCGCAAAGCAAUCGCAUCGUGCUUCUCAUGAUGGAUGUGUAUCGUCUUGCCGUGCAAUUUAAUAUGGAACGCUUAGAACAGCUGUGCAUCAGUUAUCUCGAAGCGACCAUAAGUCACGCGAACGUUUUGGUGGCGCUGCAUAACGCCGUGAACUUGAAGCUAUAUUUCAUAAAGGAAUUUUGCCUAAGUUUUGUUGUAAAAGAGAGCAAUUAUCAUCAGAUCGUGAUGAGUCAGGAAUUUGAGACUCUGGAUCAGCCACUGAUGGUGGAGAUUAUCAGACGGCACGAGACGCCGCAGUCAAGGAAUUUUACCAAAUACGAGUACGAAACUGGUGUCGGAACCAGUCUGGAACAAGAUAUGAAGGCGUUCUUGAACAACAUCGGUCUGGAAUUCUGCGACAUCAGGCUGAUACUGGACGGCCAUCCGAUACCGGCGCACAAGGCUGUUCUUGCAGCGCGAUGCAGUUAUUUCGAGGCCAUGUUUCGAUCCUUCAUGCCUGAAAAUAACAUGGUGAAUAUACAAAUUGGUGAGAUGAUACCAUCAUCGGAAUCGUUUCACUCCUUGCUGAGGUACAUUUAUUAUGCCGACGUUUCGAUGCCGCCUGAAGACUCCUUAUAUCUAUUUACUGCGCCGGUGUUCUAUGGUUUUACGAAUAAUCGACUGCAGGCGUUUUGUAAGCAGAAUCUUGAGACGAAUGUUACCUCCGAGAACGUUAUAGAUAUUUUAGAGGCGGCGGAUAGAAUGCAGGCAGUCGAUAUGAAGAAGUACGCGUUAAACCUAAUAGUUCAUCAUUUUAGCAAGGUUGCGAGGCUUCCUAGAUUGAAACAAUUAAGUCGCGAACUCUUAUUAGAGAUUAUCGAAGCAUUAGCUGACGAACGUAGCGAAGGUAGGAUGUGUCAAGAUAUGACGAAUGAUUGCUGACGGAUUUCUAUCUCAGGUCGUCGUUCGUACAAUUGGAAUUUGUUGUCAUCGUGCAGUUUCCAGGAACUGUGCCGGGCAAAUUUCAUUCUAAUAGGACGAACGAUUUUCUUCGUUGGUAACUGUUAUCUCGACCAUGCUACUAAAUCCUGCUUGGCCUCGGACAUACAGACUUUGUUGCCGCUGUCGACGGCCGCGUUGUCUACUUCGAUUCACGAACCGUCAUUCGGCGUCGAUCCGGUAACGUCAUCUCGUUAUAGUGACGGUAAGAAACAGCAUCAAUGGUCUACCAUCACUCGUCGUUGCUCUGUCAGUUGCAACAUGUUUAGGCGUACUGUUGUUGCUUUGUCCGACUUCGGGUUUAAAAAAUUUUUUCCAUAAACGGCCGUUAAUAUAGUAAUUGUAACUUCUCUGAGUUGACCAACAUCGAAAAAGGAAAGAAAGGAAUGGCAAUGUUGCGGUAGAAGAAUUGCUUGUCGCGCGACGGAAAAGCUGUGGUGAGAUCGAUGUAUACAAUACUGGUUUAGUGAUCAUAUAGUGUCUGUUUAGAUAACGGAAAAUCAUAGACUGAUUGUUGAUAACCGCGAGACGCUUGCGUAUCGAAAUUAUAACUUACUAUUGAAAACUAUUAAAACUUUUCAUUUAGAUAGAUAAUAUAAUUAACUGUUACAAGUAGACAUUAACGUCUAUCCGAGAGUAACAAUUACGUUCUUCUCUCAAUUAACGACUGUUUUGAUAAUAAUCGAAUUAUUUACUUAUAUACAGUAUUUUUGGACUGUGACACCGGGUUGAGAUACUAUUAAAUACUUACAGUGAGAAUUUUGAUAUAAAUAUCCGAAUAAAUAUACAAUAGUUAUAGAGAUAAUUGUAGUUUAGACUCGUUCCCUAAGUAUUUUAUAGUGUACGUAAUGAAUUUUUCAAGUUAGACGAAUUCUCCACGUAAGCCUGUCGAUCUUUAAUAGUAUCUCGUUGGUGGCUGUGAUAAGAAUUUGUGUGUUUUCACAUUUUUAUUAUAAACGUUGAACUGUUUGUAAAAUAUAUGAAGUGUACGUUUGCUAAAGGAAACCUUGUUUCUGAAACGUUUUGAACGUCUGCGAUUGUAUUAUUUCGCAUGUUUUGAUUAUUGAUCUCUGCAACUGCGUAUGAGAUGCAAUUGUAUAGAGAUCGUGUCUAUUAAUGCGAGUGAAUUAUGUAUGUAUUGAUGAUGAAUGUACUUUAAAAAUACCGCAAGAGAGGGAGAGGGAGAGGGGAGGGUGGAGAGAGAGGAGAGAGAGAGAGAGAAUCGUUAAUAUCAAAAAUCAUGAGUGAAGAUAUAAAAAUUGAACUGAUUACUCAAAAUGACAAAGAUUACACAAGCAGUGUUUAAGUCAAACGAUUGAGCUGCAGAUGAUAUGCUAUAUUUUCUCACUUUGAAAAUAUAGUUUAAUAAAUAAAAUUAAGUUUUGCAAAAGGAAUCCAUGGUUUUACUUAAUAUAUUGGAUAAGUGCAAAAGUUCGUGCCCAAUUCUAAUAGAUGUUAUUAGAAGGAUUUAACUGAACAGGAAAGUCAUGUACCAUUUUGCAGAAUUUGCCAUAGCAGAAAGAAACCUAAGAGCGAUCAUGCCCGAGCGGGUUCUUUGAUAUCGUUUUACGCGACUGUUUGAUACGCCUGCCCUUAAAUCUGCAUUCACUUUUGACGUUGGAACUAUUUCGCUACAUCCACUUUCUGGUACUGCCGAUGUUUUCAUUUGGUGCGUGUUCGUGCUACGUCCACAAUUUCCCUGGAUGAGAAACAUGGCAUCGUGUGCGGACGUAUAUUCCGUUCAACAUAUGCGCAUCAUUCUUCUCUCUUUACACACUGUUAUGAACAUAUUGUAUGUGUAUAUACAUAUGAAAUAUCACUCCCGGUAAAGUAAAAAAUAAGAAAAUAAAAAUUACAUUUUUGUAAUAAUAAUUAAUAUGCACAGAUGAAAUAAAACGGUCGUAACAGAUAUAUUGUGUAAAACUGUACGUAAAUUGCAAAAUAACUUGAUGUAAUAAGAUAAAUUCUAUUAAAGUGAGACUUGACAUAGUAAAUUAGCAUGUUAACUGUUCGUACACGAAACUAUUCUGUACAUACAAACGUAUCUCUAUCCGUAACUAACGAAG